UUUUAAUUUUGGUUUUAAAUGAUGUAUUUUCAAUUUAAUUUUCGUUAAAUUACUUUGACUUUAUAUAUCAUUUUAAAGCCCGUUUUUUCGCUGUUUCUAAUCGUGUUACACUUUUCCUUUUUGAAUAAUUAGGCCAUUUUUUCCGGAACGUUGAAUACAGCAUGGACAAAAAGCAAAUUCGCACAAUUUUCUUAUUCCAGUUCAAACUAGGCCGAAAAGCUGCAGAAACAGCUCGCGAUAUCAACGAUGCGUUUGGCCCAAGAACCAUUAAUGAACGUACAGCACAAUGGUGGUUCAAGAAAUUUCGUAGCGGUGACGAGAGUUUUGAACAUGAUAAGCGUAGUGGUCGCCCAUCGGAUGUUGACAACGAUCAACUAAGAGCCUUAGUCGAAGCCAAUCCACGCACAACUGUUCGUGAGGUUGGCUCUGAAUUAGACGUAACGUAUACGACAAUUUCCAACCACUUGAAAGAGAUUGGAGAAACAAAAAUACUUGGGAAAUGGGUGCCGCACGAAUUGAACGACAACCAGAAAAAACGCCGUUUUGAAGUGUCGUCUUCCCUUUUUUUACGCAACAAGAACGACCCGUUUCCCGACCGGAUUGUGACUUGCGAUGAAAAGUGGAUUCUUUACGACAACCGGCAAAACUCAGCUCAGUGGUUGGACGCCGACGAAGCUCCACGGCACUUCUCGAAGCAAAAGUUGCGCCAAAAGAAGGUCAUGGUGACUGUUUGGUGAUAUGCGGUUGGUCUCAUUCACCACAGCUUUUUGGAUCCAGGUGAAACCAUUACGGCGGAGAAAUACUGUCAACAAAUGGAUGAAAUGCAUAAGAAACUCCGACAACAGGCAGCAUUGGUCAACAGAAAAGGACCAAUUCUUCUCCACGAUGACGCUCGGCCGCACGUCGCACAACUGACCCUGCAGAAGUUGAACGAAUUGGUUCAUCCGCCAUACUCACCAGACCUCUCGCCUACCGACUACCACUUUUUCAAGCAUCUCGACAAAUUCCUGCGUGAGAAAUGCUUCAAAAACCAAGACGAUGCUAAACACGCCUUCAACGACUUCAUCGUCACCAGAACGCAGGAUUUUUACGCUACUGGCAUAAAUAAACUUGUUUCGCGUUGGCAAAUGUGUGUUGAUUCUGAUGGUGUUUAUUUUGAUUAA